UAAUAACCGUAUUUAGCAGAACGUGGCAAUAACACGUUCUUCCCCCAAAAACUUAAAAACACGUUCUACCCCCAAAAUCAAACCCUAGCCCUAAUCGACAAAAAGAGAACCUAAUUUGCAACGUAGGCUGCGACGAAAGAGCUGAGAUAUCAACGGGUUCAUAAUUCUAUUAGUUUUGGUAUCGAAGUGAUGAAGAAAUAGUUUAAUGAUCCAAACUUGGUUAGUAAUAUUUGCUACCCACGCCUGUGCAUAAGUCUCUUGAAGGCUGAUUGCCAAAAUUUUGGUCGGGUGGCAACAUUAUUCCUGCGAAGUUUCAAUCUCCGGCUUAGGCAUAUACAUGGAGGUCAGAGUUGAUGAGAUUGAAACUGUAGUUGGAGUGGAGGACCAAGAUGAUCUUCCAAAAAGUUCAUUUAAAGUCUCUCAGGAGAUGGAGAAAUUUCUAUGUGACAGAUUGCUGGACCAAGAGCAACCAAUUUCAGAGCGUUUUAGAGCUCUUUUCUCUCUGAGGAACCUUCGGGGCUCAGGUCCACGAAAUGCCCUUAUUAAUGCGACAAGGGACCCUUCAAAUCUCUUGGCACAUGAGGCGGCAUUCGCAUUGGGUCAAAUGCAAGAUGCUGAUGCCAUUCCUGCUUUAGAAAGAGUACUAUUUGAUUUCUCCUUGCAUCCGAUUGUUAGGCAUGAGGCUGCAGAGGCACUUGGUGCAAUUGGUUUGGAAAGUAAUAUUUCACUUCUAGAAAGAAGUUUGGCUUCAGAUCCAGCUCAAGAGGUCCGAGAGACAUGUGAACUGGCUCUCAGUCGAAUCAAAGAACUGAAGAACGUAGGAACUGAUAACGGGUCAUCAACAGUGGUGUCGUCACCCUUUCUGUCAGUAGACCCAGCUGCUCCUGCUGCUUAUUCCUCCGUUGAGGACCUAAGGGAAGUUCUUUUGAGUGAAGAAAAGGGCAUGUAUGAACGCUAUGCUGCUCUUUUUGCACUACGAAACAAUGGAGGAGAGGAAGCUAUCUCUGCAAUUAUUGAAUCUCUAGGUUCAACGAGUGCUCUAUUAAAGCAUGAGGUUGCUUAUGUAUUGGGUCAAUUGCAGAACAAAAAGGCUUCAGAUGCCCUGUCCAGGACUCUUAAAGAUGUCAAUGAGCAUCCAAUGGUUAGACAUGAAGCAGCCGAAGCUCUUGGGUCUAUAGCAGAUGCCGAAUGUCUUGCACUUCUUGAGGAUUUUGCAAAGGAUCCCGAGCCUAUUGUUUCACAAAGUUGUGAAGUUGCUCUUAGCAUGCUUGAGUUCGAGAAAUCAGGCAAAUCUUUUGAGUUUCUCUUCAUGCAGAUGCCUCAUGUUGAGCAGGUCUCAUAGGAAGAGUGUUUGGCUAUAUUUAAAUGCUUGUCACAUCUGCUGGUCUCAGAAGAUAAUUCAGUUCCCUGAUCCAGUUGUAACUGGUUUCAUUAUUUAUAAUGUUUGGUUGGAUUGUAUAAUUGAGUUUAAACAUAAGGUCAUAUUUUUGACUACUAAAGGUCAUUUGUGACAUCUCAAAUAAACAUUGUAUCACUAAACAGGAACAACUUUAUGGACUCUUUAUACAUUCACCGUGAAUUAAGUAAUAUGGAGCGAGAUACAUUAAGCUACU